AUGUUAGAGAACUUACGUUGCCUCUUCUUAACCGAGGGAAUUGCCUUGUUAAUUCGCUGCUUCUACAGGAACUUUCCUCCUCAAGAGACUUUUGGUGAGUAUAGUUCAGCAGCGGCCAUUUUUUCUUUACUGGGCAUGCAUAGUACGUGAGGGAUAGAUUUAGCCUUGCAUUACCCGUUUCCUUUCGCAAUGUCAUUAGUCAGCAUAAAGUGAACAAAGCAUAUCUUGAUGAUUUCUUUCCUUUUUUUCAAGACCAGAGUCCCACAUGUGACAUCUCUUAGCACAAGAAAUUUUAAAGCUGAAUAAGCUAAGCUGCUAAGAGACAGAAAAUUUAGUUAUACGCGCAAAUUUGUAACCGCAAAAUUUGAUUGGACAUGUAUAAGGGCAGGUUUUAUGUAACUUUGCAGGAUAAGGACAUUUUUUGCAGCGAUAUCUUUAAGAAACUCAAGAGAAAAUUCAACAGCUUUCUGUUCUUCACGUGCCUACAUUAAGCUUUUUUUUAUGGUAGUACAGCAAUGUAUGUAUACCGACCAUAUAGUUAAUAAAUGCAAAUUUACAGUUAAGAUUUAUAGAAUUCUUUUUACUAGAAAUAUGCUCCAAAAAUAGGCAACCUUCAGUGGAGCUGCGGAUAUCUGUGGUUUUCAAACGUCAUUGCAGUGCCGUCAAUUGGCUCUGCUCAGGAGCUCUGCUUUUGUUUCCUUCACAGAUGCGGACUAUUAAAAAAAUUAGAAUCAAUGCAUAACAUUUGGCGAUGUCGGACCUCUGCCUUUAAUAGGUCGGGGGAGGGGGGAGGUUGGUGCAGGCGAAAGGAGUGGAGGCUGUGUUGGUGUGGGUUGCUGAUAGUAAUGUUUUAAAAGGCACAUGGGCUUAGAUGGGCUCCAAGUUUUCUCGGCAUAUGUAAUAACAAAGGAGUAGAAACAGUUAUCCAUAUCCAAGCUGGUAUUACAGUGUUUCUUUUUCAGGCCACCUUAGUGUGUGCGAUGAAUUUAAGUCAGUGCAACGUAACAGCAAUCUAUAGUGUGACUACCCGGGCUCCUGAUUAACCCUUUUUUUUCGCAGCACAAAAUAGUCAAAAAUUUAAGCAAGGAAGAAGAACAUUACCUUGCUAAACUCUAUCCCAUGAAAUACUUUUAGGUUGUGCGGGACAGUGCAAAGCAAUGGAUACACUUCUCAACGUAAACCUGUUUGUUUUGCUAGUGCUUUUUUCCUGUUUUUAUACGCGAGAUUACAUGGUAAGUUGUUAAAAAUAUCACUGAGUUAACUAGUGCAAUAUGUAAAUGCAUCACGCAUUAUGUACUCACAAUGGGUCCCAAUGACAGUCGGCACCAUUGUCUCCCACGCAGAUGUCAGUGUCACAACACUCGCAAGCGAGAAUAUUCUGAUGAAGACAGGUUGAUGGCAUUAUAUGGACUUGCGGGCUUGCUGAAAGUUGACUAUUGCAACGAAAAGUGUUAAAGAGUGUCUUUGACUGAGGAAAAGAAAGAAAUAGACUAAAGCCUUGGGCUAAUAUUCUCAACUAAAAAAGUGAAAAAAAAAACAAAAAACAAAACAAAAGGACAAAAGGAAACAAAACAAAUGAAAAGAAAAACGAAAACAAAUACAAACGAUUAAGGUUUUAUGGGGGUUUUCUGGCACCUUAACAAUUUGUCCUUUCUCUUUCUCUUUCACUUUUGUCUUUCUCUUAGAGGCGAUUUUGCUCACCGGCUAUAUCACUUAUCAAAUCUUCAUAAUUCUAGUUUACGUUAAGAAAGGGGACCGAAUUUUCAAGACACGUCUCUUUAAUAAUACACCACACAAAACAUACGAAACUUCGAGAAUUUCUAUAAAUGAUUAAUUGUAAACGAAAGUGAUAUAAUGUCAUUGGCAUUUAAAAGCUCACUUUCGCUUUCUAUAUCCGGCUUGUCGACCUUUGAUACUGGGUAAACCCCCGACAGAUGACGCAAUGAGAUCAAACAAUGAAAUCACUAUAUAUACGUCACUUCCUUUUUGCAGGUGAUGUGGUAUGUCGCUAUAAAUACCAUACAUUUUAGAGCUUGAGCAGAUCACAAACAACAACUUUAUUGACUUUAUCUUCGACAUGAAGAUUUCAGUACCAAAACAAUAACAAAUGAAAAAAAAAAGUGAAAUAAAAGUUAAGUAAGAAAGAAAGGAACAGUUGAAUAUUAUCGUAAAAGAAAAAAAAAAUUACUUGGCUACGUACCGCUUCUACGCUACUCGUAUUAAGAAAGUUUAAUUAGAGUUCGGAUGCAUAACAAUUUAGAAUAUUUUCAAUAUAAGAGGCACUGAAAUUUAAGAUUUUUUGAUCGCAUAUGGACAUGACAUAUACGAAUAGUGCCUUGCAAGACAUAUUCGUAAAAUUACUGUUUAUCGAGUAUAGACUCUCCAAGAAGAUACCCCUUAUAUGAGAAAGUGAAGAGUGGGUACAUUUCAACAAAUAGUGGAAUUCAUCACCAAUUUCGGAUCUAUUACAAUGGGGGCAAAGCCUCUCAACUCUGGGUAUCUUCUUGUAGCGCCCAGAUUCAAUAGGUAGCGAGUGGCAAGAAAUUUGCAUUUUGGUUACUACCACAAGGCAUAAAUCUCAGCCCGGCCGGACUUAAAAUCUUUGACGGCAUUUUUCAUCCUAAAAGGCUUUUGAAGACGUCAAUCUCAGAUUACCAAAGACGUCUUGAUGUCAUGUUUACGAAAACUUGUCUCAUAUUUAGCAGACGCUUUGUAUUUGUGAAAUUAAUAAAUGUCGCAUUUAAAUCAGGUUCAGUCUUUCACAGUAACGCAAUAAUUUUUAUGUGGGCGAAAGUGACCGCAGUGCAAACAGUGAAAACAGGUUGGGGAAGGGGGGAGAAGUUGGCCAUGUAUUUACUAGGUUCAUACUGCUGUGGAACACAUUCUAAUUUAAAAUAGGUUCAGCUAGGAGCCCCGGGCUCCUGGUUAAGUGCUUCACAGCAAGGUCAGUACUGCAGCUCCCACGCUAUAUUAACACAGGCUUCAGCUCUUUGCGACUCUGAAGCGAGAUCAGAAAAUUUGAUCCUAGUACCAAGGGGGAGAUGCAUUUGCAAGAGAGACUUUUUUGAGUUCCUCAUAUUUCAGUUCAGGAAUAGUCACGCAGCCUUUAUUUGUUUCGCUAGACAACACUUCCGCCCCAAAAGAGGCUGUGAGGACCUGUGCGUGACUGGCAAAUAAGUUACUACAUGCAUAGGGGACUACAAUCUUGGACAGAGUAAACGGAAAAUUAAGACCACACUAACCCGAAAUCAAAGGUGAUUGAUAAUAUGAGCGUUUUAGCCCUCGCGUGGCUUAAUGUUUGAUUCCGGGAAGGAUGGCGGUGGGAGAGGGGGUGGGGGGUGGGUUGAUUUUCUAGUUUGUAGCUCAGGUGUUGGAAAUGAAAUAAACAGUGACAUGUAUAAACUGAGGAGGUAUCGCAUUUGUUCUGCUUUGGAAGUGUACGCGGCAGUUUUGCUAUCGUAUUUUUUUUCUAUCGUAUUAUUUAACGCGUGGCCAUGCCAUGGAGCAAUCAGUCAAAAUUGUUGGGAGACUUAACUGUCUCCUCGCCCUCCCAGUGUUGGUGUACAAGAUUUGGUGAGUCAAGUGCGAUAAACAACAUUCAGAGCGGGACCGGUAGAGACGGGCCAGAAGUAAAAAAAAGAGCUUUCGGUGGAAAUUUGCGAACUAUUUUUGUCUUAGACUGUAUAUGUAAUAAUAUUGCAUUUUUUCUCCGGGACUUGAGUCUGUUCGUUUCUUUUAUUCGAACCAAUUAAUUAUUCAUUAGGUAUCUGCUCAAAAUGCACUACAAGGAAGGAGCUGCAGAUGGAACCAAAUUACGAUCCUGAAACCGACAGGAAGUGAAUGUUUCAAUUGCCCGGAGUGUCCCGCGGGUCAGGGCCUCGUCCCACAGUGCGGCUCACGUAUCACUGCUGACGUCAGUGUGGAGUGUGUUCAUUGUCAAAAAGGCGAGAGUUACUCGGACAAGCAUGAUAUAUCAUCAUGUAAGCCAUGCACAAUCUGUGACCCAAAUGAGGAAACUAUUAGUCCUUGCACAGCGACGAAAAAUGCAAAAUGUGGGAAAUGUAACAGUGGGUGAGUAGUGAUGUUCUGAUAAUAUAAGAGUGAUUCAUGGCUGAGAUUUUUUACAAAGGGUUCGUUUUCAUGAGAACUGAGGAAUUACGUUCAUUUCGUUGAAUUAAUUUACAGGGGAAAAAUGCGCGACUUCCAGUGAGCGAAAAUGAAUGAGCGCGAAUCAGAUUGUCAUUCCCGUGUCAUUUGUAGUGGUAACCCUGUUCCCGCCAUUUUAAAUUCCUUGGCGCCAGCUCUAGUAACGCCAAAGUUUUUUUUCUGCCAUUGCGUAUUUUACUAAAUAUACCUUAUUCUAAACGCACGUGGACAGGAGCUCCUGACGUGUACACAUUCUUUUGUCAAGAGAGGAUCGGAAAUUAACCGAUACAGCAAGGCUUAUAUGAGGCUCACCUCUUGAUACGUAAAUACGAUGGGCACACGCAGAUAAGUCACUCCAACAUGAGGCUACUAAGAGUUUUUCUUGUCCUUUUCAAGGGACACGGUCAGCUUUGGGACCGCACUUACCUGGACACUAGUUUUGCAACUUUGAAAAGCGUUUACCUCAACCCUCAAUCAAAUACUCGUCAAAUACAUCUAGAAGUCCGCUUUGAUCAUGACAAGUGUUUCAUUCGAUCUUCGAUAUUUUACCGGAAACCUUUUCCUGUGUAUUCUUUUACACAUCCUUCAAUCUCCACUUUAUCAUAUUUGGCAAUUUAGUUCUUGUGAUAUGAAAAUCAGCUAAGAAACCGUAGUUAGUUAAUGCGCAAAUGCAUCAGAUGACUGUAUCCCUUUAACACCUCAACACACUUAUUCAGACACAUUUUUAUGUUACCAUAUAGCUACUACCGAGCUAAAAGUGGCGACUGCCACCCAUGCUCCUGGUGUUGUGCCGAUAGCAAAGAAGGAGAUAAAGAACAACAAUGCAUUGAUCAGACCAACCUGCCUGUCAAUCAAGUGUGUCGCUAUGACGUCAAUACCAUCAAGUGUGCACCCUCAAAUAAUAACUCCACUUCUCAUGAUCCUGCUACAGCCGCAGUACCAAAUCACGCAGGCACGGAAGGCGACGUAGCCUAUGGUAUGGGAUCCAAGAAAGAAAGCAACAUCAUUUUAGUGGUUGCAAUUAGCGGCUUUGUGGCUUUAGGCAUCUGCAUUUUGAUUGGUCUACUGUACCUUUGUAACCGAAAGAACGAUCGUCCUUCUCAUCUGACAUGUACAACAAUACUUUGUGUAAAUAGACAUCGUAAGUAUUUGUAUCAAUUCACAGUUUUUGUAGCUCUUUAAAUUGCUGCAAUAAUGAAUGUAUUAAUUAGAUAUAUUGGAACUGCGGGAUGAAGAAAUUAAUGCAAAAAAAUCGUCACAGUUUAAGACGUAAUUUAUGCAGUUGCGGAAAGAAUGCCCUGACCUUUGCGAUGACGGUGCAGCCCUCAAACCAAUUGAGCUGGCAAGCCAGCUGGUAAACUAAUGCUACGGCUGAACUUAAAAAUGGCCAAGAUAGUUGUCAACUAAAACUUCAUUUUCAGAUUACUUAAUUUCAACCGUUCGCCAUGCAUUACUGUUUGCCAAAUGCGGAAGGCAAGCAUUAUUAAUGAACGAAAUAUUUGUCUUUUUUGUGUGUGUGUUGUUGAUAGACCUGAUUUUCCUGAAAGAGGGCGGGUUAGCUCCAAUCCAAGGUGAAGCAAAUAAACAUUUGAGAAAAGUUUAAUAUUAACAUUAAUAUUAAAUCCAAAGGACAAUCCAAAGGAGUAAAACCAACCAAUAAUUACUAAACGUUUACCGCGUAUCCACUCGAUCAAAAAGAUAUGACUAACAUUGGCCCAACUGAGUCACCUUUGGAUACAUGUACCGGAGGCCACUGGUUUGGUUUUGCAUGGUUAACUGAAACCGUGGAAAGCUUACACACCACAUUCUGCAAACUCAAGAACCUUAGAAAGUGUGGAGUAAAUAAAGGUUACUAAUGAGUUAUUAUAUUUGUUGCUUUUGCAGCAACCCAAGUUGUAUCUACCGACAAACCACCUUCACCAGUUGUAUUUGGAAGGAAGUCCAGUACAGAACCACAUAUGGUCUAG